UUACAAUUCGCAGGAAUUUGCUGUCUCCAAGGCAGCCUGAUGUCAUCUCAGCCAAUCCGGGAGCUGGAGCCCGUUAAUGACACGUCCAAGCGAGCAGAGGAAAGUGAAACUUAACUUCUGACUAGAGAAUCAUGGAUGCAAACGCUCUCUUAGGAAACCUGAGCAAGGAAGCUUCCUGCUCCAUCUGCCUGGAGUAUUUCAAAGAGCCGGUGUCUGUACAUUGUGGGCACAAUUUCUGCCAGGCCUGCAUCACUCAGUGCUGGUGGGGGCAGGAGACCGGCGUGUCCUGCCCCCAGUGUGGGGAAAGCAGCCACCAAAAGAGCUUCAGAGAGAACCAGCAUCUGGCGAGAAUCGUAGAAAUAGUCAAAUGCUUGAAUCUGGAAGCUGCCAGAGCACUGGAAGAGGGGAGAGUGUGCGAGAGGCACUUGGAACACCUCGAGGUCUUCUGCAAAGACGACAAGGUGCCCAUCUGCUUGGUGUGCACGAUUUCCAACGAGCAUCAACAUCACACUGUCGUUCCGAUAGAAGAAGCUGCUCAGGAUUACAAGGAACACUUUCAGAUGCAACUGAAGAUCUGGAAGCAAAAGACAGAGGAACUCCAGGCCCUGAAAUUAGCUGAAGCGAGAAGAAGCUUGAAACGUCUGGAAAGGUUAGACUCCGAAGGGAAGAUGAUUGUGUCCGAAUUUGAGCAGCUCCAUCAGUUUCUAGAGGAUCAAGAAGAAUUCCUGCUAGCCAGGCUAGAGCAGCUGCAGAAGGAAGUGAUAAUGCAGGAGAAGACCGCCACAUCGGAGAUUUCCAACCUCCGUGACCUUGUCCGUGAUGUGGAAGAGAGAUGUAAGCAGCCUGUGAGUGAAUUCCUCCAGGAUCUCAAAAACACCUUGAGCAGGUGCGAGGAUCAGAAGACCCAGAAACCAGUGGGUUGCUCUCAAGAUCUGGAGAAGAGGCUGAAUGCGUUUUCCGAGAAAAGGAUGCAUCUGGAAGAGAUCUUGAAGAAAUUCAAAGCUUCUGUGUCUGUUGAACUGGAGAGCAUAUCUUUGUCGAAAGAGGAACUAGGAGUCCGGAAAGGCAGGACAAGAUUAUUUGAGUUGCCUUAUGCCGAAGUGAAAAAAAGAGGCACAAGAGGUCAUGACGUGACACUGGAUCGAGACACCGCAAACCCCUUCCUCGUCCUCUCGGAGGAUCAGAAGAGUGUGAGACUCGGAGAUGCAUGGCAGGAUGUCGCUGACAACCCCGAGAGAUUUGAUACUUACCCCUGUGUGCUGGGCUGCGAGGGACUCACGUCGGGGAGGCAUUAUUGGGAAGUCGAAGUGGCCAGCGGGAAGCACUGGGCCGUGGGCUUUGCAAAAGAAUCUGUUAAGAGGAAAGGACAGAUCACCCCUAGCCCCGAGGAGCACAUAUGGGCUCUACAACAAAGUGGGGAUCUCCUUGAAGCUCUUACCUAUCCUCCGACUAUCUUGCCGUCGUGCAGCUGCCCCAGGAGAGUCUGGGUAUUUGUGGACUAUGAAGAGGAACGAGUGGCAUUUUUGAUGCCGAUACAUCAGUGUUAAUCUAUGUUUUCCUCACCAGCGAUGUUCAGUCAGGAGAGAAUCUUCCCAUGGCUCUGGGUCUGGCCUGGAACCGAGCUGAGGAUUAGCAGCGAAUUUUUAUGUUAG